CAAAUAUGUGUUAGCAAAUGUUUGAAAAAUUAACAAAAUUUAUGAUAGUUUUAUGUGAUGAGACUGGUGUGUCGUUAUCAUUUUAGCUGUAUCACAGCAGCAACAUGGACUAUUGUACAAACAUUAUUUCGGUUAGCCUGGACAAUAUUUGGGUAUUACGCAUAUUCAUGUAGUGUGGAACUGACCACAGAAAUUUUUGUAUUUGUAUAUCUCACAUAUUUCUACAAAAAAUCAUGUGGGGAAAUUCAUCUCGAGGACCAAAAUAUAUUUGUGUUAAAAGAUCUGAAACCAUCUGGUAAUAAUAAUAGUUUAAAUAGAAUCAAUUUUUUAAAAGUGGGUGAUUAUUCCUUAUACCAGAUAUUAGAAGAAGUGUUGAGCAAAGGAAUAUUUCCAGAGGAAGCCAAUGCUGCUUAUAGGACUAGUGUGUAUAUUCAAAUAUUUAUUAUAUCCGAUAUUGUAUGGAUUACAACUGCAGUAUUAUUAAUCGUUGGGAGUUUAUUAGCCGUAAAAAACUGUUGGACACUGAUAUUCAAUCUCCCGUAUAUGAUUUGUACUGGCAUCAUAUCCAUAAUUGAUGUCAUUGCUGCUGUUCAUUUUGGAUUCGACUUAUUGGCAAUAAAGAGUUUCACACAGUGGUUAAAGUUCAUCGGUGUGAGCAACUAUCAAGAAUUCGAACACCUGAAUGGCAGCUUGGGACCGCUUGGUCCGGCAAUUCCGACAAUAAUUCUCAUACAACUGUCUCUAAGAUUCUUCAUAUUCUGGAUCCCUAACAUUUAUGCGUUUUAUGGGGUCAUGAGCACCACCGUGGAGUCGUUCAAGAAUCUUGCACCUAGUGGUAGAUUCGUUAGUGGCGGAGGCCAAAGUACUGUGCGGGCGAGAAAUAAACAUUACUCGUCGGAAGCACGGAUUCGCAAGUGGCAGGAGUUUUAUGGGGCUUCGUCUGCUGAAGCGUCUUCUGAUAGUAUUAGUAUAAUUAAUGAAUCGGAUAUGAACACUAAACCUAGGGACAGCACACCUCACUGUUCAAGAAAAAAAGUUGUUGUUACUGAACCAAUUGAGGAUAGGAUAGUAAUCCGUCGAACUAGUGGCGAAACGUCUGUAUAAUUUUCUUGAAUAUACGAAAAACUUUCUGAAAAAGCUCAAGAACAACUUACAGUAGAAACCAGUACCGCAUUGUAAUAUUGAAAGUCGAACUGAAAAAUAUUGUAUACAUGUCAAUAUGUUAUUUUAAUUUUUAAUAAACGUUA